UGUAGGCGAAUAAAUAUUGGAAGAAAUAAGCAGAGAUGGAGAACGCAAGUGUAUUGUCGACACCGUUCUCUAACUAUUCUACCAGAAAUUUUUCUGAUGGGUUCCCUAUUCCGGAACCACCAAAAUACAUAAUCAUCGUUGCAAGUGUCAUGUAUACUUUAAUUUUCAUCGCAGGAGUCAUCGCCAACAUUUCAGUUGUUGUAGUCGUCUGCGCUGUGAAGCGCGUAAGAUCCCGGAUGAGUUUCCUUUUUGCCAACUUGAGUGUGGCGGACCUACUGGUCCUGAUCGUUUGUAUGCCGUCUGCCGCCAUCGACUUGUUCGCCAAAGAAGUUUGGUACCUAGGAAAAUUCAUGUGUAAAUUUGUUCCGUUCGUGGAACAUCUUGUAUCGCUUGCAUCAGUCCUGACAAUCCUGGUCAUUACUUAUGACAGAUAUCGAGGAGUCUGCUAUCCGUUGAAUCUGCGUUGUACCUUGACGAAACUCAGGGUACCAACAGUUGUCUUCAUAGUGUGGUUAUUGGCAGCUGCUGCAAGCCUACCCAUAACAUUCAUCGCCAUCUUUCGCGACUCAGAAUUCUUCGACGGAACUCCCAUCAAAGUUUGCCGAAUGCCCAUCAACAGUGUGUGGAAAAUCGCUUAUAUUUUGGGCAUCUUUAUCGUCUUCUUUAUCGUUAUUUUGAUGAUCCUGUGCGUGUUGAUAUUCAGAAUGUGCAAGAAACUUCUGUGGCAUGCCCAAUUUCUGGAAAAUCGAGCAGAGCAAGAUUCAGAGAGAACGGUAACUGGGCGACGAAGGAUCGUAUUCAUGUUGAUCAUUGUCAUUGUCACUUUCUUCUUGUGUCUCCUUCCUCAACGAAUCGUCGGUAUUUGGGUAAUUUUUGCAGACCACAGGGCACUAUAUUCUUUGGGACUGGAAGGCUACCUGAACUUGAUCACAUUUCCCAGAGUGUUGAUGUACAUCAGCAGUGCAUCAAAUCCAAUUAUCUACAACAUUAUGUCUGCUAAAUUCAAGUCUGCUUUCAAAGACUUAAUUUGUCAUCGUGACAAAUGUUGUUCAAAUUGCAUUUCGUCGGUGCCACGAUCAAGGGCGAGGACCAACAGUUUCCACAUGUCACGGCUUUCUCUCAGCUGUUCGCCACGGUCCAGACAUUCUACAGGUGAAUCAACUCAUAACGAAACAAGGAUCAUGCUGAAGAAAGGCAAAUCAUUUGAAAGUGUUGUGUAGUGCUAUACAUGUAUAUCGAUUAAAUGUUGGCAAUAUUUUAAAAAGAGAAUAUAUGUAGUUUAAUUUUCUGGAAAUUUCAAAGUUUUUUCUGUGUAAAAAUGUAUUAUAAUUGUUCAGAAUGAUCAAAUAAAAUUCACCGCUUAGGUACA